AGUUCAUAACAUAAAGGGAAAAGUGUACCAAACUUGACCGGAUGAGAACAUGGACAACGAUUCCUCCGAUCCGCAGCAAGGUGGAAGUGCUCCAACUGGGGAUAGUAGCAGCAGUGAACGGGAUCAUGCCAACAGACGGAACCGUCUAAUGCGCAUCACACAACAGAGGAUCGAAACGGACGAAAGCAGUAGGAGUAGCAGUAGUAGCAGCCGUCAUUCAGCCGAAAACGUUAUGGAAGACGUAGCCCCAAACCCACCGGAGGCACCGGAAGACGAAGAGUCACGUCUAUUUGAAGACUACAUACGCGAACGAGAAUCUGUUGGGAUGGAGAUUUACAACACCGAGCUUCCAACCGAGCAUGCGUAUCUGGGUAAAUUGGAGCGUGUAGAAGGAGUUGAUUAUUUGGAGCCCGGAAAAACGUACCGCCUGCCGAUCUACAGUCAUCACUCGAUAGUCUUCCCUGGAGAAAUCGUCCCGCUAAUGCUGAAUGCCUCCCAUAUGCACAAUAUUGGCGUGUACGGUUCAUCCGAUGGACUGAAGUUUGGGCUUGUUUUUCAGGAUCAGUACACAAGCUCCGAGGGCAUCUACGGUGUCACAUGCCAGGUGUACGAACGGGGCAAUGAGGGUGAAUCUGCGCUGCUGAAAACGGUAGCCCAGCAGCGAUUUAUUGUCGUCCGUCACUCACAGGAGAGAAGGGUCGAGGUGAGAAUUCUUCCAGAAAUUGUGCUUCCCGAUCCGCUGAUCAGCACCUGCUCCAAUGCCAUGGUACGGUACGCGCACAGCAGUCGUAAGGAUCGACUCGCCAGCUUUAAGCGACUGCUGACGCAAUCGACCGUCUGGCCACAGUUUGUGUACGAUCAGUACGGCACGGAGGAGGUAUUGAAGAAGGUGGAACGGUAUCUAUCGUCACUGAAAAUCACCAGCGUACCGACCGAUCCCGUCAAGCUCUCCUUCUGGCUGGCACGCAAUAUUCCCCUCACGGAAGAGAACCGUAAAACAAUAUUCGGCACCGACUCGGUGCUGCGCCGAAUGCUCAUCAUCAACAAGACGUUGGAUCAUAUGAGGUGUUACAUCUGCAAACGGUGUGAAAACGAGGUCGCCAGUUACAGCGACAUAUUCGCCAUGUCGAAGCAGGGUGUUCAGACGAGCUACUGCAAUCCGUCGGGUUAUGUGCACGAUACGUUAACGGUGCAUAAAACCAAGGAAGACUCCACCAUAACCGUCGGUCCACCGUCCGCGGAGUUCAGCUGGUUCCCUGGCUAUUCAUGGCAAAUAAUCGUUUGUGUGAACUGUCGUCAGCAUUUGGGCUGGAAGUUUGUGGCAACGAAGAAAAAUUUUCUCCCGAAAAGUUUCUACGGCCUGUCCGGGACCAGCAUUACGGUAAAACUGCACGGUGACCCGGCGAGCAAUCAACAAAACGAGACACCGAAUGAUGACAAUGAUUCAAGUGUUUCCCCUCCCGGGCACGUGUUUUUCUAUCCGCACUACUUGGAAGACGACGAAGAUGACGAAGAUUACGAGUUAGAACCGGACGACCCCGUGUAUUAGAGCCAAACAUGUACAGAGUAACCGCAGAAUGCUGCGUUGUUAAACAAUUGGCGACGCUUUGUUUCAUCUUGUUUUUUUUUGUAUGGAAUCCUUUUUCGAUCUUGUAUUAACGUAAGAACUUACAUAUUUCGUAUUUAACGAAUAAAUAUCACAUAAAAUUGUUGUGGCUCA